AUGUACGGAUCGCCUACGCCAUUCUUCGUGGGAGGCUAUGCGGCAUCAGAUAGGUAUCCUAAUGGCUGGGCAGACGUCGCUGGAUACUGGGCGGAGCAUCAUAUCUUCGGAGGUGUUGUCCUCUUUGACCGCGGAGAAAGUGAAGAGGAGUGCAACGGCAUAUACAUACACCGCCCGAAAUCCACGGCUAAUAUCGCACCACCUACCGAAAAGCAGUUCAACAACCUUGUGGAUUUCCUGCUGUCGCCAAACCCAGACACGGCCGCCAACCGCUGCCCUCUCCCGAUCCGUAUCACCGAGGAAAACAAAUGGCGUUGGCAUGCGUAUGAUGGAAUGGUUGAGCACCACAUCUUUAUGUUUCGCCAUGAGAUUCCGCGGAGGCGGCCCCGUGAGCAAUGCGUGAUGACCACGACGGACUGGCCCGAGUGGCGUGACCAAGACACCAUCGAAACGGAGCUGAUCAAAGAGGUAGAUGGGGAGGCCUAUGAUGAGGCUCUGGUAGCCGCCGCUCGAGAAAGGUUGAAGCGAACAGCUACCCCCACCUCCAGGUGCUAUUGGUGGGACGGCGAGGAGCAGUCGAGGCUCCAGCCUGACCCGGAAAAGCAAGGGAGAACACCAUACUUCUUCGACUCUUGA